AUGGAGGAGGAGAGGAUGGGGAAAAUUCCCACGGAGCCGAUCUGGCCGGAGGUGGCCGGGGCGGUGGCUGGGGAGUCGGCGGCCGGCGAGGAGGCCGAGCGUGCGUGCGUGUCUGGGAGGCACUGUGGGCUGGGGAAAGAUUGGGGCGGGCGUGCGUGCGUGGGUUCGACCUCGCCCCUUGUGUGGAGCUACCGGCCCGGGGCCGGCGGUAGUACCGGCCAGGCCCCGGCGACCGAGAAGCUCAAGCUUGGGUCACCUGAGACCCCCGACGAGGGACCGUCCAUGAAGCGAAGGGUGGCUAACGUCGGCCACUUCCAGCUGGACGUGGGGCAGGACCAGUUCCUGCGCAUCGUCUUCAAGCCAACCUUCGACCGGCUACAGAUCCCUCAUGAUUUCGUCAGGUGGUUCGGGGAAAUCCCUUCGAACAUCAUCGUCACCAUCAACACAGGCUGCUACUGGAGGAUGACUACGGUGAUGGAAGGCGAUGAUGCAUACAUCGACCAGGGAUGGGCGGCCUUCGCCGUCGCUCAUCAGCUGCAGAUAGGCCAGUUCCUCGUCUUCCAGAAGGUGUCCACCUUCCAGUACAAUGUGGUCAUCUUCGACUACACCUGCACUGAGGUGAUGACCAUGUGCCGUUACCAUGGCGACGCCACCAGGUGUGUCAUCUUCCAAAAUCAUGUCUGA